AAAACAAAUGGCCAACGAAGCAAGCAAACGUAACAAUAAAGACAUUACAAAACCUAGCAAUAAAGACUGCAUUAUAAAUGUAUCAAAAGAGAUAAAACAAAGUAGAUAUAAAACCAUAAAGAAACAAAUAGACAGUGAAAAGGAUAUACAAUAUCAUACUAAUAAACCAUUGUUAUUAGUUCUGUUUUGAUCGUAUCAUUUAUAGGCUACAGGCCAGCCGGGCAAACCAAACAACAUUGAUAAAACUAUGUACAUUGUAACUAUACAAACCUACAAAAAAAAGAAAAAGACAAAGUAAAGUAGUACCGUCAACGAUAAUCGUGGAAUAAUCAAUUUACAUUCGUCUUGGUGAUAUAUUUAUGAAUGGAUUUACUUCUAUAUAUUUGGUAUGCUGAAUUAAGCUAUUACCGUAAGACACAUUAUUUAAAAUACAGUACUUAUGAAGAGUACAGAAUGUAUAUGUGUACAGGGUACACUCAUUUAUUAUAUUUGUAUUCUGAUAUAUAUAUAUAGACUAUCAGGUUACUACGUUUUGAUAUCGUGGUUAUUUGGCGAGGUUUAGAUAACGGUGUAACAGGGGAGCUAGAGCGAGCCUUUUACACCGUUAUCGAACCGAGCCAAUAACCACGAUAUCAAAACGUAGUAACGUGAUAUUUGGUUUUAUCAUGCAACCCUUUUCAAGUUAUAUUUUUGUAAUAUGUUUCAGUCAAAAACGGUAUAGAAACGAUUAGUGUUAUCGUGUAGAAACUACUAUCAGAAGUCGGACAACAGCAACCAUCUUACGAAUGGCAUAGCCAGCCCAAACGUUAUGUUUCCAAAUUUUAAAUAAAAUACCUUUAUUAUAUAUCAAAGUCUAUUGUGUCACAACAUUACAAUGUUUGUACCUUUUUCUGUGAAAAUAAACUCAAGUUUAUGUGUAACCUGGAGAAGAUCUACAUCACUGGUUGCUAGUGACUGUGACGUCAGACGCUGUUCCAAUGUGAACAGUAUUUGCAGGAAGCUUCUUGCUUUUUUGUUUCAAAAUGUUUAAUUAAAACUGCUGGCUAGUUCCGAAUGGGAGCGAUUAAUGGAGAAUUAACAAUAAGAGGUAAUUUGAUGUUACAGGAAGUAUAAAUGUUAUAUUUAUUUAUGCAGUUCAACAAUUAUUGUUGUAUAUGGAUGUUUGAAAAAUGAGAAAACGAUCUACCUGAAAAUUGAGCAAUCAUUCGUCAUGCGCACAACUCAUUUCCUAGUGACAUGGUUCCUUUCGAAUUAUCAGUUGCAGCUGCAGUAGGUGGUGUCACUGGUGCAGUUCUUAUAGUCGCUGUAGUGGCUGUUGUGAUUAUCAUUUGUAUAAGGGUAAAACGAACACCAGACAAGCAAAACACCGAUGACGAUGGAGAUUAUGUCAACAGGGACUCUAACCCUAAUAACGAUGUCGUCAAUGUUAACCCUUUUAACAGUAACAAUGUUAACCCUUAUACUGAUGGCAACCCUUACGAACAUCUACAACACAACACUGUACAGUAUGUUAAUACGCCGUCGAGUGUUGAUGAAGACCACGUGUACCUCCACGUCACUGAACCAACACAGACGUCAGAUCACGUUUAGUACAAUACUGUGAAAAACGACUGAAUCAAACAUUUAUGAUACACGGCAGUAGAUACUGAAGAAAGGAAAAUAAAUUUAUUAAAGCAGA